AAUGUAUCUAUCUACAGUAGCUAUUUCUAUCUACAUCGUACCGUAGCUCGCCCAAGGCGGUGUCACAACCAAAGAUGGCAUCCAUCUUGAUUUGUGGACGUCUCGCACUGAAAUGGCUUGCCCGUGCGGUACUCAAAGAUAACGCAUCCGAUUUGAAUUGUGUGUGCUUGCCUCCUCGUUUGAAACCUCCUCCUCCAAAACACCCAAAGAUCUUUGAAGACAACAGAGCACGACGCAAAAGCAUCGCAGCCUGGUGCUCCUCUUCCUCACUUGGUGUUGUCAUUGUUGUUACUGUUCUAUUCUGUUGUCAACAGUACCGUAUACUAGUAGUACCACAGUAUGAAGACGAGUGCGUACAAGAAUCAGUGUAAGAAGCUGUUGGAGAAUACGUUUCCUCGUGUGUCUUGUGCGGCGAUCACGGCGGUGUUGGAUCAUGUCGAGUUUUCGUUUUCGGACGCGUUUGGUCUCUUGACGAUGAUGGAUGGUUGCUUUCCCGACAAUGACAUGGCCAAAGCGACGGUUCUUUCUCGUGUUGUCAUUCCUGCCAAGAUUCGUGUCUUUCUCAAGAACAAUCGUACCAAAAACAAUAAGAAGCGAUUCUACAUUCGCAAUGCCGCGCUGCAAGCCGAAAUCGACGCCAUUCCGCAGCUCCGUGCCAAAGAAAACAAGGUGCCGGUGGAAGUGAUUGUUGUUGAUGAUGAUGAUGAUGACGACGUGACGAAAGAGAAUGACGGCGAGGUGGAGUGCGGUUGUUGCUACGGUGAUUUUCGUCGUUCGGAGAUGAGCGAGUGUUCGGGCAAGAGCGGUCAUCUCGUCUGCAGUGAAUGCAUUUACCGUUUUGUCAGUGAGCAGCUGGAUGGCAAUGACAGUGUCCAAUUCCAAUGCAUCAUUCACCAAGACUGCAAGCACGUAUACACCAAUGCCCUUUUAGAUCAGGUACUCUCCCCCAAACUCAAGCAGCGUACCAACGAUCGCAUCUUUCGAGAAGUCGUCAAGCAAUCCGGAUUGAUCACUUGGCAGUGUCCUCAGUGUGCCUUUCUGGGAGUUGUCAGCGAACAAGACCAAAACUUUUCUACCAUUGAGUGCACUCAGUGCAACCUUUUCUACUGCAAGGCGUGCCAGCAGCCCGAGCAUCCCCGCAAGACAUGCCAAGAGCUUCGCGAAGAACAAGAGCGCCUACGCAAUCCUGUCCUUCGCGCACAGGAAGCCAUGACACGGGCCGUCAAACGAGUGUGUCCCAACUGUCAAAAGGAAUUUGUCAAGCGCGAUGGAUGCAACAAGAUGAAGUGCGUCUGUGGGACUCUCUCUUGCUACCUGUGCGGCGUCCAAGUCCCAAACUAUUCCCACUUUUGCAAUCACAAAAAUAAACCAAAUGGACUCCCCUGCAAUGCCUGUGGAAAACUCUGCGAGCUAUGGACGCCCACCACUCAAAUGGAAUCGUUGGAUCGCAAGGCUCGUCGCGAGGCGGGAACCAAAGUCUUGCAAGAAGCCGGCAUGAGUCAGGAGGAAAUCCAAAAACUCGUCAUGUCGCCCACCAAGAACAACAACAACAAGAAGAAGAAGGCUCUUGUCCCACGACGUCAGAUCCUACCGGCGCCGGAACGUCCCGUUGUGGUUGCGGUCGAGCCUGCUGUUGUGCCUGCUGUGAUUGUCCCUCGACCCGUCGUGGAGCCUGCUGCGGUUGUCCCUCGACCUUAUGUGGUGCCUGCUGCCCCAGAACGUCCCGCCGUGGUACCGGAUCCAAUCAUCCCGCCACGUCCAGAUGGAGACGACGACAACAACAACAAUGUUCCGCAGCAGGAAAUGAUGGCACCACCAGAUCAAGACAACGCUUGCACCAUCUUGUAAAGAAUGCAUGCACGUUCGUUCGAGCACCAUCUCCACCAUGAGGAAAAUACACUUCGGAAAGACUUGUGAACAUUAUGCCGUACGACAUUCUAUCGGUACCCAAAGCCACACUCAGGAAAACGACGCAUCCAGAACGACAAUACACAUAGUAGUCAACAGAUCUCAAUAAUACAUGUAGUAGAGAAGGCAUCUGAAUGAAGUAGUUUAGAGCUAGAGGAGGUAGAAGAACGAAUUUGGGGUCCCGG